AUGCAGUUUGGGGCCAUUCAGAUCAAGGGCAGCCCCUACUCCACAUCUGGAGACACUCCCUGUUCUAGCACAAUUGCUGGCGUCUUUGUGAUCCAGCUCAAUCUGUGCAGCAAGUGUUUAUGGAACCCUGACCAGACCCUGAGCGGGGAACACAGUAUUGAACAAGGUCGACACAACCAUACUGGCCAUUUCUACCCUGGAUCCUUAGAGAACUCGGGGAAGAGCAAUGUGUUUGUGUCUCCUGUCAUGGUGGCCAGUGUGGUCAUAGGUAUGGUCGUCGCCAUCUCCUGCAUCACCAUCAUCCUGGGCAGCAUGCGCAGGGAGAGGCAGGCACGGCAGUCCCGCCGCCGCCGCUAUGGAGACUACGAGGAUGGCCAAGAGUCUGAGGAGCUCACAUACUGGAGCCGUGGGAUGCGCUAUGCCUGCAGCCUUGUGGGGGACUGGCCUGCACCCUUGGACCUCAGCUACCAUCAGGAGGUGGAUGCUGUCAUGCUGCACCGGCUGUACACAGAUCCUCCACCGUGCUAUGAAGAGUGUAUGGGACCAGGGGCCACUCAGCUGUACCUCCCCACGGAUGCACCGCCUCCCUACUCGCUGAUCGACACCUCCCACAGCUCCGGUGGAUACCAGCAGGGGCAGAGCAGCCUCCACACCAUCUCCAUGGAUGCGCUGCCCCCUUACGAGGCUGUGUGUGGGGCUCCACCAAGCCUGCUGCCACUGCCAGGGCCAGAACCAGAGCCAAGCAGCUUCCAGAGCUCACCUACCCCAAACGGGGACCUGGUCUCUAGCCCAGAGAGGAUUGUGUGAAUGCCAGCAGGUCAUGUCCUGCCAGUCCUAGGGGCUGAGUAAGACCUUUCAGGAACA